AUGUUUCUUGCUCCUGCUACGGCAGGUUCUGACGGCGGUAGCCCUGGCGAGGUUCCUCCGAGCGGGAUCUCUUCGUACGGGUACUCUUCCUUUAGCGGCAGCGACACCUAUGGCGCCGAGUACGCCGACCUCCUAGCGAAGUUCGAGCAUGACCACACGCCAACAGAUGUCGGCAUUGCUUGGUUUCUGCUGGUGGUCAGCAGCGGACUCCUUGUCGUAAUGACCGGUGUGAUGUUCCUCCUCAUCAAGAAUCGACACGUCUUCGAGAUCAGGGCAAGGUCCGCCUGUCUGGUGAUGCUGUUGGGCGCUUCCACGAUGACGGCGCUGGCGAUGAACAUGGUCGGUCAGUCGGUGGUGAUAUUCAACGCUCUUCCAAACCUCUACACCUUUUUCAUGCUGUACUUCUUUAUCUUGGUCUGCGGUUCUUGCUGCUACGGCAGUCGGACGAUUCGACUGGCCGUCCUUUUCAGCACGGGCACGAGGAGAGUUGUUCCGUGGUUAGCGUCGGAACGAAACCACGUGUGUAUGUGCCUGGUUCUCGGAGCCGGCUCGCUCGGGUUUCCUCUGUACGUCAUGUACGACGUCGGGGACGGGCCCUUCGCCGAGCUGCUUUUCGCCGAGCGUGCGGGGGUUUUGCUGUGGCGCGUCUCGAUAGCGUCCCAGGCAAUGGUGCUAUCCCUCUACCCCCUCGUGUGGAAAACGGACGAUAUUUUCAACAUCUCUCGAGAGCUUCGUGUCGUCAUCGUCUUGACCUUCAGUACGACACUCAUCGGGCAUUUCGGGGACAACCAUUCUAGCGAGGAUGUCGCCCGUUGGGUCAACACGAGAAUCAUGGGCUUCAUCUCGGCGACCGUCAUAUUUUUCUUGAGUCUGGGGCUGCCUAUCCGGCAGCUUGUGUUCGAUCCCCUCGAAUCGUCGGACCCCCGGGUCUCCAGGGCCCUGGCCAAGCGCAGACAGGGCCGCCUCGGGCCUGAGUCGACGACAACCCCUUGCUGCACGAGCAGUGCUGGCUCGGAGUUUUCCGGCGUGAACACGCUUGCUCUUUGGACGUACGAGAAGGUGGAAGCCAUGCCGAGCGUCUCCGUAGCCUUCCACGAGUUCUCCCGCAAGGCCCUGUGCCAAGAGUCCAUCUUCUUCCUCAAGGACGUCACGAACUCUGGCAACAAGGAUGCAAUCGUUGGUGUCUACGAAGCCGGGCAACUAGCGUUCUACGGCCUACCGUCCAGGGAGAGGAGGUAUUGCUCUUUGCAGGGCGUGUAG